AUGUCGAAAACGUGUGACUCUACUCGUAAGAACCAGGGGGAAGGACAUGAUCACAUUAGGAUUACAAGGCUUCCGUCAGAGCUGUUCCAGUUGAACUUCUCUCGGGUGCAUUGGUUCGUUCUCUCCGAUGACGACACCUUCUUUGUGCUCGACAACCUUGUCCAGGUUCUCUCAAGGUAUGAUCACCGGGAGUUUUACUACAUAGGUGGCUUAUCUGAGAGUCAUCACCAGAGUGUGCUGGGCUUCUCAACCAGCAUGGCGUUCGGGGGAGCAGGAAUUGCAAUGAGCUACGCGCUGGUGGAAGCACUAGAGAAAAUCCAGGACGAUUGGAUCAUAAGGAACUAUCAUAUCUGGGGUGUCGAUGGGAAGCUGCAAGCUUGCAUGGCAGAGCUCGGUGUGCCAUUGACAAUUGAGAAAGGAUUCCAUCAGAUGGACUUGCACGGAGAUGUUAUAAGUUUCUUGGCUUCACAUCCCCACUCUCCGCUGGUCAGUCUGCAUCACAUGGACGGAUUCAAUCCAAUAUUUCCCGGGAUGAGUCGAAAGGAGGCGCUGGACCAUCUCUCCUCUGCAAUCCAGUCGAAUCCAUCAGCUGUUCUUCAACAGUCGUUCUGCUACAACCAGGAGUUUCGCUGGAGCCUCAAAGUCGCGGAUGGUUUUUACAGCAGAUACCUCAGAGGAAACAGUUCAAGCAAGUGUCUCCUUGAGGAUCCUCUAGCAAAGCUCGAGACGAGCCGGAUUCAGAUACACGUCCAUAUGUUCAUGUCUGGAGAGCUAAAUCAGGUGUCACGAUUACAGCUUCAGGUCGCAGUCACUCUCACUGCUAUUGCUUGCCUCACCAACGAUGCUUCCCACCUCCUCCAGCUUGGUAUUCUUUUUUCUUUCAGCAAGGACAUUGGUGGUCGACUGAUCCAAGCAAGGUAA